GUGAGAUAAGGUUUUUUUUUAAACUUCCCAGAGAAGUUUUUUUCUGCGUAGGAUGAUCACACCCCUGCAGUAUUCAGUACAUGAACUUGAUUUUCUUUUUUUGCAGUGCUCCAAGAAAUUAAUGCUCCUUGCUUAAGCAGUCAGUGUGUGAACGGACAUAGACAAGAAGAAACCCUUUAAAAUGUGGGACACGAGAAAAGCGCUUCUUGCUGCACUCGUGUUCACGGCGCUCUACUACAGCGUGGCAGCAGAGCGUGCAACACUACUGGACAUGGCCCUAGAUGCUGUCGAUUACCUGUUCGCCAAAUGCCGUAAAGAGGCCAUGGAGAAGAUUGUCCAUUCAGGCCUUUUGAGACAAGAGCUAAACCUCAAUACGGGAUUCCAGAAAGCAUGGAAUGGCAGCGCCCAGUGUUCGAAGCUGAUCCCUGGGGGAAUAAAAGAACAUACUGCUGCACUCUUGGCAUACGCUAAUGGUGAUUUUCAGUUUAUAAAAACCUUCAACAAAGAAGUGAAGAUGAUGGGCGGAAAUUACAGCACCUAUGAAAACAAAUUCAAUUUCAAAGCUCUUCACUUCCUGCUCAUGGAUUACAUGAUGCUGCAGAAGCCAAAGAAUUGCGAGACUGCAUAUGUUUUACCAGAGAACACAGAGUAUAAAGCGCAAAAGGGCUCAAAAGUGAGACUUGGAAGGUUCACCACAGCUGAGGUCGACUUCAGCUCGCUGCAGGACUCAGAUGAUUUGGAAGGAAAAGUCAUUUUAAAUAUCACUUCUUGCUACUUUGUCAAACUGGGGGACAACAUUUGCAAGGAGGAAAUGGGCAACGUCUUGUUAUCUCCGGCUGAAAUGUUCACCGUGGAGGGUGUAAACACCAGAAAAGUGGAUGAUGGGUAUUACACCGAGAUCGUUUUGAAACCUUCAGGUCUGAGGACCACGCCCAGCUGCCACCUCGUCUCACGGUCCCCAGCUGUCGUCUCCACCCAGUGGCUUGUGUUGGUGCUUGUGGCCUCGUCUCUUUUUUUCUUCAUUUGUUGAACAAGAACAAGUAGGAUCUGAGAUGAGUCAUGAAAAGUCAAAGCAGUGCUUUGUUUUGUUUUUUACAGUUGAACAAUGAAGAGAACAUUUUGCUCUGAUGUUUGCCAAUUAAGGUGCUUCAAGCUUUUGUAGUUGGCAGCAAAAAUAUGGUUUUAUCAUUGUUGUUUAAUUACUUGCCACAUUUUAAACAUCAACUGUGUAUUAAGAUGGACAAUGUGUCACCACUUCCUCUUAGUGUGCACUCGUUCUACCAAUCACAAGAAAGUCUGAGCCUCAGUCUCAGUUUCAGCCACUAGGGGGCACUCAAGAUAUUCAAUAUAUUAUGUCAUCCACGUCUAUGGCCUUAAAAUAAAAUCCUGUCUUCUUUAUGUAUAUUUGCAAAUAAGGCAACAUUUACUUUCGUAUUUCUAAGAAAAGCCAAUUUCUUUUUAAUAGAUGUGUUUGUCUUUUAUACCUUUAUUAACAAGUUUACAGAUGAGUGAACCCUGGACAGAUCGGAACUGUUGCAGUUGUGCUGCAAAAUCAGACAGUCUCAGCUGAUAACAUGAGCUUUUAGAUGUAUGAGUGGAGCUUUAAAAAUAUAUAUUAAAAAAUUAACCGGCCGAACAAAAAUCCAGCGUGGCCCCUUACGCACUUAAUGCUUCCUGCUUCUGAUAUGAGCCAAAAAAAAUCAACGAUUGUAAGUCGCUUUGGACAAAAGCGUUAGCAAAAUUAAUCUAAUGCAAUGUAAUGUCUUGCUUCUUAAUUGUUACACUGUAUGUAUGUUACAGUACUGAACAUUGAGCAUCUUUUCAUGUGUCUUUCAUGUGUAACCCAAUAAUCAUCUCCUUUCACAUUACACUUUUAUCAUAUAGCAACAAAAUUCAGCUUAAACAAUAAAUAUUAUUUGUGUCUCUGUUUUAA